UCGCUUCUCUUCUUUUUUCUUUUUUAACUCCCUUCACCCACCUUCUUGCUCUUCUUCGCUUCUUUUCCUCUUCUUCCUCUACUUCCUCUCGUCCGUUUGGCCUCUACUGCUACCAUCACUAUUGCCACCACUAUCACCAUCCCACCCCCCUCCUCCUUCCUUUUGUCAACUUUCCAAAUGUCCUCAGCACUCGCCCUGCCGCCGUCCAGCACAACAGCAGCGCAGGCGCUCUACGAACAACAGUCGCCUCAGUUUUGCAUCGACACAACCAUCACACCGCUCCACCAACAGGACAACUUUUUUCUUCCACCCACGCCACCACCCACGUCAAACAACUCGUCGCAUCGACGUCCUCGUCCCUCACACAGCAGACACCAUCGCCACACCGAUCGACGGCGCGACUGCUUUGAGCUGCUCCAGGUCAUCAUCCAAGAGAACGAGCGGCGGGAGCGAGAAGAGUUUGAGCAGAUGGAACGAGACGCCCCAAAAGUCACCGUUGCACGACGGUCAUCCACGAGCCAAGAACUGCCCAGCAUUCUCAUUCACAAAGCACAGUCAAUACCACCAUCACCGCCAGCUACUACCACUACUACUACCACUACCACUACCACUACUACUGUUGCUACUACUGAGGCUCAAGCACAAGCAGCAGCAGAGGUCAACACACCGCCACCAUCCCCAAAACGUCCGUCUGUGCGAUUUGCUGCUGAUGCCCCUCCCGCCAAAGCCGCUCCACAGCCGCAACCAACCACUUCUCGAACGUCUUCCAUGACAAACAAGCUUCGGAGCCUCUUGCACCUGUCUUCGAAAAAGGUCUCGAACCUUUGACGAUCGGCCCGCCCCUCCAAUCCGUAUUUCCUGUUAAAGCAGAUCCCCACAUAUUCCACAGUUUCAUUUGUUAGCACACUUGUUUCUUUAAAAAACACACCUCCACUCCACUCCACUCAUACAUCUUUUCCACACUGCAUCUCCUUUCUUCUCAUGUACAGAUAUCAACACCUAUUUUGUUUUGCAAACACCCACCCCCUUGUAUAUUUUGUUUCUCUCAUUCUGUUGUUGUCGUUUUUUUUUUCUCUCUUUCUUUUUGGCAUGUCACAAGUAACCAUAGUAGUAAUAAUAUCAUAAACCCGUAUUACACACAAAGAC